CACCCACACUUAUCUUUACGUUACGCUCUUAAAUUACUACUAACUUUCGGUUAGCAUUUUAACUUGUUUAUAAACAAGCUCAUGAUCAUGAGGGGGAUUCACAAGUAGAGUCUAGAGAAAAGAGAGAAUGGGUAAGAACAAUACCAAAUUCCUUAUGCAAUUUGCAACUUUUGCAAUGGUUUUAACCUUUGCGAUGAUGGUCAAAGAAGCUACAAGCAUGUCCAUUUGUGACAUGGACAUAAAUGAUAUGCAGAAAUGUCGCCCAGCCAUCACUGGAAACAAUCCCCCACCUCCCGUCAAUGAUUGCUGCGUAGUGGUUCGGAAAGCUAAUUUCGAAUGCUUAUGCAGAUUUAAGUUUUAUCUCCCAAUUUUACGAAUUGAUCCAUCUAAAGUCGUGGCUCUUGUAGCUAAAUGUGGUGUUACAACAGUCCCUCGUUCUUGCCAAGUUUGAAGAACUAAGCUGAGGACAAAUCUCUCUAUGGGGCUGCAAACAUCGCUGGAUCUUGACAAGAUCUUGUCUUGCAUCUGAAGUUACAAUGUUUUUAUAUUUCGUUAAAAGUGAAUUUACAAUGUUUUCAAGUGUUCUGUUCCAAAUAAAUAACAAAGUUUUAAUGAUUAGAUUCACCUUGUGUAUGUAGAAGAACCGUGUGCUAUACGUUAAUCAAAAAGGUUAAGUACUAGUUUUUUUUGUCCUCGAGUAUCCAAAACCUAACUCACCAUCAUGCCUUUCUCCAUGAAGAGAAUCAUACUAAGAA